AUGAGUUCGACCAUGCGCGCAAUCGGUGUACAGGGCGGCAAAGGCCCCGCGACGGCCCUCUUCGUUGAUGAAAUCGCCAAGCCUGUCCCUGCUCCGGGGCAAGCACUAGUUAAGAUCAAGGCCUUUGGUCUGAAUCGCAUGGACCUAUUGCAGCGAGAGGGAUUGUAUCCUGUUCCUCCCCAGGCUCCAUCAACCAUUGGUGUUGAGUUCUCUGGAGUGGUGGAUGGGUUUGGUGGGGGUGAGCCGUGUGAUUUUAAGGUGGGGGAUGAAGUAUUUGGUCUUGCUUAUGGAGGUGCCUAUGCGGAGUACGUUGCUGUCUCUACCAAGAUGCUGAUUCACAAGCCCGAGCAUCUAUCCUGGGAGGAAGCGGCUGGCGUUCCCGAGACCUGGAUUACAGCCUCACAAGCCCUUUUCCUUAUCGGUGACUUCCAAGCCGGUCAAUCCGUCCUCUGGCACGCCGGUGCCUCCUCAGUAUCCAUUUGCGGUAUCCAACUAGCCAAAGCUCAAGGCGCGAAGGCCAUCUACGCUACAGCCGGAUCUCAAGAGAAGAUCGAUUUCCUCGAGAAAGAGCUCGGAGUUACGAAAGCAUUCAAUUACAAGACCGAGGAUUGGGCCGCCGAGAUCCAAAAAGCGACCGGUGGCACUGGUGUGAACCUAAUCGUUGAUUUUGUCGGUGCGCCAUACUUCCAGGGUAACUUGAACGUUGCUGCGAAGGAUAGUCGGGUCGUGCUACUUGGAUUUAUGGGAGGAGCUCAGCUACCGGAUGGCGUGAAUAUUGCGCCGUUGCUGAUGAAGCGAAUUCGAGUGGAGGGAAGUACACUGCGGAGUCGGGAUGAGGAGUAUCAGCGACAGUUGCGGGAUACGUUGGUUUCUCAUGCGCUGCCGAGGUUUGCGGAUGGGCGGUUUAAGGUCUUUGUUGAGCGGGUAUUUCCAUUUGAAAAGAUUGUUGAGGCGCAUCAGUUGUUGGAGAGUAAUACUACCAAGGGUAAGAUUAUUUGUGUGAUUGAGUAG